GCGGCGGUAGCAGCGCCCCCGGGGGGGAGGGGCAGGUGUAGCUCCAGGGCAGGAGCGUCACCUCCUAGCCCCCCAUUUCCAGUCAGUGGCCGCGUUCGGGGCUAGUGGCGGCGGCGCCUCCCUUAGUCCGCCACCAUGUUCCGGAGGGCGCGACUCAGCGUAAAGCCCAACGUGAGACCCGGGGCUGGCGGCAGGGGCCCGGCUGCUCCCGAGCCCCCGCGCGGCCAGCAGGCUCCGAGAGAGCCCGAGCCGGUCGCGCCGCCGCCAGCGCCCGAAGCAGCCGAGACCCCGCCGGCGCCCCCGCUGGGUCCCGGGGGAGCCGAGCCCCGGGAGGUGGAGGCGGCCGAGUGUGGGGAUGAAACGCCCGCUGGGAAUGAUGCUGGACAAUCCAGUAAAUCUUCACCGGCUGUUUUACAGAGAAGAAAGCGAAUAUCAACUGUGCCUAGUCCCACUAAACCUAGUGUCCCUGCUCCGUCAGUUCCCCAGGCCUUGUGCACUGUUCAACAGGAAGCACCUCAACUAAGUCACCUUCCAGCAAAAGAGAAACAGCCGUGCUCAGAUCGUCACAGGAUACUCAAAGCUCAAAAGCUGAGAGAAAUGCUAAGAGACGAAAUGACAAAAAGAAGGAAGCAAUGGAAAAGCAAAUAUGCUGGAAAUGAAAGCCAAAUGCCACCAGACCGUUCUAAAAUGACUAUGAGAGACUUGAUAUAUUACCUGCCGGACAGCAAUCCUAUGAAAUCUUCUUUGGAACAAGAAGCAAAAACUGAAAAAUCUACACCACCAGUGCAAACCAAAGAUCAAGAAGUGAAAAAUAUUCCUGAUGCCGAAGAUGAUGUUGAAGAAAUGGAGGAAGAGAGCAACAAUGGCCCUUUACUUGUUCCUCGUGUUAAAGUGGCAGAAGAUGGCUCUAUUAUUCUGGAUGAAGAAAGUUUAACUGUAGAAGUUUUAAGGACAAAAGGCCCUUGUGUUGUUGAAGAAAAUGAUCCCAUUUUUGAAAGAGGUUCCACUACUACGUACUCCAGCUUUAGGAAAAAUUAUUACUCUAAACCAUGGUCAAAUAAAGAAACAGACAUGUUCUUUUUAGCCAUCAGCAUGGUAGGAACAGACUUUUCCAUGAUUGGCCAACUCUUUCCUCACAGAGCAAGAAUAGAAAUUAAGAAUAAAUUUAAACGUGAGGAAAAAGCAAAUGGGUGGAGAAUUGACAAAGCAUUCCAAGAGAAACGCCCCUUUGACUUCGAUUUCUUUGCUCGUUUGCUUGAGAAGGUCCUUGCAGAAGAGGAGAAAAGAAAACAGAAAACUGUUAAAAAUCAGAACACAAAAGAGAAGAAGUCUUCUAGACCUCGAAAAAAACAAAAUGUAAAUAAAGUUGCCAGUGGUGAAGUGGAUGAUGAUCCAGAUGAGUCUCUCAAUGCUAGAAUUUCAGACAUGGAAGGAACUGAAGUGGGUGCUGAGAUUGUCGAGAAAGAGAAUGACCAGUCUUUGAAUAUAGCAGGACAGACUAUAUUAGAGUCUGUUGUAAACAGAAAAAAACGGAAAAGGAAGAAAAAGGAUGAUACUGAUGAGCAAGAAACAGAAAAUCUUUCAAAAGAGGCCACUGACCGCUCAGACACUUCUAAAGGAGAAAAGCCAAAUAAGAAGAAAUGUCAGCUUUUGGUAACUGUAAUAAAUGAGGAUGAAUGUAAUAAAGACUUGGAAGUUUCCAAUUUAGAAAACCUAGAUGAGAUUGCUUGCAUACCACCAAGUGAAAAUGAUGAGAAUGAAAGUGAACACAUCUCUUCAGCAAGUAAUCAGAAUGCUAAUGCCGCAUCAGUAGCAGCAGUUGAAUCCUCUGAACCAGAGGCUUUAGAUUUGUCUCCUUCAAAAGCUAGAAGUAAAGAAUUGACUCAGAUUGUUCAAGUUGACAGCAACGUAGGAGGAAAAAUUAGUGAUACUAAUAUUAAACUCCUGGAAGCUGAAAAAGCUGAUACUGGCAAACCCAAAGUGAGAGGGCGUCCCCUCAGGCCUAAACCCAACUUGUUAAGACCAUUUGGAAAGAAAGUAGAAUCUACUGAAAAUAAAAUUGAAGUAGAGAGCAAAAAUUCAUUUCCAGAACUUCCAGGAAAUGUUGAAAAGAAUCACGUGGAAAAAGAUGAAUGUGGCCCUCCUGAUGUUACUGGAAAGGAAGUCACAGCAACAGAGAGUCAAGGACCUGAAACUGAAUCUCAUGAAAAACAUGGUUUACCAGAAACUAAUAAGGCAAGUACUUUCAGACCACCGAGGUUAAUGAGGGGUCGAAUGCAGAGGCCAAAGCCACAUAUCGGGAGAACAACUGGCCCGAAAGAAGUAUUAGCAGCAGAAGACAAAACUGGAACUAAGGAAGAGGAGGAAAGUGAGUCCAGUGUCACCAAAGGUGCCCAAGUACAAACAGAAGAUCAAUCAUUUAACAAGUUAGAUGUUGGGAAUAGUUCGCAGAGUGAAAAAGAAGAUGUAAUUUCUCAGAAGUCAAAAACAGAUGAGCUUGAGACUGUUAAGGAAAAUCAGAGUCUGCAAGAUGGCGGUAAAUCAAAUACACUCAAACGAGGACCAGUAUUGAGAACACGAUUUCAGAAGCCAAGACCUAACAUAGGAAGAGCAACUGGAAGAGGCGAAAUUAACACAGGGGAAAAGGCACCCAGGGAAAUAAGUGUUACUGGAAAACUAGAAGCAAGUUUGCCUCAAACUGAUGAAGAAUUUAGUUCUCUUCCCCUCCCAGAUAUUAUAAGCUGUGGAGUGCCACCCCCUGUUGAAGCGUUUGAAAAAGAAGCACCUUCUCAAAAGGGAAUCUCAAGUCCAGUAAUUCUUCUGAAGCCUUCUUGCAUGUCACCUGUAGAAGGGUGUGAAGAAGAUGAAGAAACACAAUCUACAACUGAUCUGGAGCAAGUCUCAGAUAUUAUCAAAAGCAAAUGUUCUCAAGAUGAAAAGCUCUCUGUAAUUAAAAAAACACCUUUUGUGAGAAGUCGAUUCAAGAGACCAAGACCAAACUUAGGAAGAGCAGUUGGAAAAAGUGGUGUUCCAGGAGCAGAAAAAUGUGAAUUAAUGGAGAAAAUGGAAACAGGAAAAUUGGAGAUUAUGAUACAACAUGAUCAUAAACAAGAUGCCAUCUCCCCUCCUCAAGAUGAUGCCUUUCUCCUUCAAGAAAAUGUUUCCACCUUUCAAGUUAAUUCUUCCCCCUGUCAAGAUGAUUCCUUCCCACCUCAAGUCACUGCCUCUUCUCCCCAAGUUGCUGCCUCAUCCCCUAAAAAUGAUUCUGUUCUUCCUCAAGGUGAUUCCAUGGCCCCUCAAGUCCGUACCUCCCCCUCUCAACUCGAUACCUUCCCACAUCAAGACAGUGCUUCUCCUCCUCAAGUCAAUGUCUUUCCUCUUCAAGAUAUUUCCUCCCUUCAAGAUGAUGCCUCCCCCCUUCAAGGGGCAGCCUUCCCUCUUCAAGGGGAAGCUACCUCCCUUCAAGGUAAUGUCUCCCCCCUUCAAGGUGAAGCCUCUGCCCUUCAAGGUGAAGCCUUCCCCCUUCAAGGUGAAGCCUUCCCACUUCAAAACAGUGCUUCUCCCCUUCAAGGUGAAGCCUCCCCCCUUCAAGGUGAAGCCUCCCCCCUUCAAGACAGUGCUUCUCCCCUUCAAGGUGAUGCCUGCCCCUUUCAAGGUGAUGCCUCCCCCCUUCAAGGCCAUGCCUCCCCACUUCAAGUUAAAGCUUUCCCCAUUCAAGAUGAUGCUUCCCUCCUUCAAGAUAAGGCCUCCCCCCUUCAAGAUGAAGGCUCCCCCCUUCAAGAUAAGGCUUCCCUUCUUCAAGGCAAUGCCUCCCCUCUUCAAGGCGAUGCCUCCCCCCUUCAAGUUGAUGCCUUCCUUCUUCAAGGUGGUGCUUCCCCGCUUCAAGAUGAUGCUUCCCCCCUUCAAGAUGAUGCCUCCUCACUUAAAGGCAAUGCCUCCUCCCUUCAAGAUGAGGCCUCCUCUCUUCAAGGUGAUGUCUCCCCUCUUCAAGAUGAAGUCUCCGCACUUAAAGGCAGAGUCUCCCUACUUCAAAGCGAAGCCUCCUGUCUUCAAGGUGAUGUCUCUUCUGAAGACAGUACCUCACCCCCUCAAGUUGGUGCUUUUCCUGCUCAAGUCUAUGUUUCCCCCCCUCAAUUAGCUGCCUCCUCCCUUCAAGUUGUUGGCUCCCCACAUCAAGAUGAUGCCUCUGUCCCUCAGGAUGAUGUCUCUCUCCCUCAAAAUAAUGCCUCUCCCCCUCAAAUGGCUGCCGCCCCCACUAAAAAGGAUGCCUCGCCUUUUCAAGUUGAUGUCUCCGCCCUUCAAUACAAUACCUCCCCCCUUCAAGUUGCUGCCUCCUCCCUUCAAGUCAGUGCCUCCCCCACUCAAGUCGUUACCUUCUCCCCUGAAGAUGAUGCCCAUGUCACUGCUUCCUGCCCUCAAGGUGCUGCACUUCCCAUUCAGGACAUCAUCCACCCUUGUCAGAAUGAUGCAACUGAAUGUUCUCGAAAGACAGUAGUUAAAUAUGAAAAACCAGUUCCAGCAAAGGGGGAAGCAGACCUGCCGUUAAGUGAACAGACUCCAAAGAAGCAUUUAGAUUCAGUGAGUUGUGCACCUGAAGAGAUGUCUUUGUUUAUAGAAGCCCAGGAAAGUGAUGGUGCUGUUUCUACGGGCAUCAAGAAUUCUGAGCAAAAAAUUAAGAAAAAUGACAUCCAACCUGCACAACGAGUGAGGGGCCGAUUUAAGAAGCCUAGGCCAAACAUAAGCAAAGCGGAACGGAGAGGAUCCAGGACAGCAGGAAAAUGGAUUAUUGAAGGAAAAGAUAAGGAAGAAGGAAUAAUACAGCAUAAGAAUGAAUCUGAAAGUGAAUUCUUCGCCUUUUCAAAUUCUAAAAUUGAAAGUGAUGUUGUACCUUCUGAAGUCCAUAGUAUGUGUGGAAGCAAGAAUCAAGGGGUAUCAGAACAAAACUUGCAAAUUAGCAGAACUGAAAUUUUAAAUGAACAAAUAAGCAAAGAUAAACAUAAGCCUCAUGCUGUCAGCCCAGCACAGUUGAGAAGGAGCCGAUUCCAAACAGCUAAGCCAAAUUUGGGGAGGGUGUACAGAAGGAAAGAAGAACCUGGAACCGAAAAGAUUGUUCCAAAUACAAAUGACACAAGAAAAGUAGAAGAUAAGUUGUUACAGCAAGGAGAUUCUGAUACCCACCAGUCUCUAAAAGAUAAAACAGAGCUAUUGUCAUCCCUGGGGAUUGCAGCAAGAAAAGAAUGUGUGGAUUCAAGAGACUCUGCCUUGCCCAAAGAAUAUAGUCACUCAGAAAAACUGCAUUCCUUUGACAGACAAUUGGACUAUGCUGGUCACAGUGGUCCAGGAGCUACUUCCUCAUCUGUAGGUGUUGAAGAGCAGUUUCUAAAUAAAUCAACAAGAUAUACACAACAAUCAAAAGAACCAGGUUGUCUGAAAAAUCCUCUGGGUCGAAAAAUAGUUACUUCCUCAGCCUCUGAAUGUGACAUGGAUAAUACUGACAGGAGAAUGCAGCGAAAAUCUAAACAAAAUUUCACCAAAGGACGUGGAUCCAAACGCGUCCGUGGCAGAAUUUCCAAGAAGGAACCUAAGACCUCAAAGGCAGUGUUAGUGACACUCCGAGCUUCUCAGGAAGAGGAUGAAGAAGAUAUAGAAGACCUUGAGUCUGAAUAUGAGGAAGAAAACUACCACCUUGCACCAGAAGAAGUCAACAAGGCACCAGUGUUUGUACCUGUAGGACUCCGGUCACCGGAACCUGUUUCUGCCCAAAUUGAGGAAACCAUGGAAGAGCUUGAAAUUUCUGUGAAUGUCCCAGAUGUACCAUGUAUUGCUGUUACUGAACAUCUCCUUCCUAAUGUAAAUGUGUCAAAUGAAGGAUUGAAUCGGGAACAGCAUUUGAAUGCCUCGGUUGAAAUUACUACAAUUGAAUAUCCUGAAAAAGAAACAGGUAUCAAUGAUGGAAGCACAGAAGCUGCCAUAGCUUUACUUACAAUGGGAAAUCAGAUGUUGCAGUCAGAGACGAGUACUGAAGGAGUAGUGCGUACGCUUCCUGAAGAUGACUUAAGGAGCCAUAUUUCCACUUCUAACCCAGAGACCUCUGACCACAGGGUACUUCUUGAACAUCAAGCACUUUCUUCACCAGUCCCUAGUACAUUGCUUACAACAUUGGAUGAAAAUAAGAGUAUAUUAGAGGAGCAAAACACUGGAAAAGAAAUGAACAUACCUGGGCAAAUAAAGGAAAAUUCUACAUCUUUCAGUGAUCUAUCUUCUAAAAAGACAAGUUCAUUGAGAACAAGAAGCAGAUUUCCUAAACCUAAGCCAAACCUCAGUAAAAUCCUUGGAAAAGAUAGACAUGUUUGUCGGAAAGUUACUAGUCUUCCUGCAACUGUGGAUCAGCAGGUUGACAUUCAGACUGAAACAGGAUGUAUAGCUUCCAAAGGAGCAGUAUUGGAAAAUAUAAACCUAGAAUCAAAGAUUAUGGCAGAUGGCUUGAUGCGGGCUAGCAUGUUGACAGAGUUACAUAGCUUCGAAGGCACCGAUGAUGGCAAAGAAGUCAAACAAAUAGAAAGAGAAGAAAACCAGGACAAGGAAUCUCAAGAGUCUCAAGUGGUGUCUCCCUCUCCACUAGCCAAGACCAUUUCAGAUGACAUCAGCGGUAGUCUCACUACGACUCCAACUGGAGAAUUUCCUAGUCAUAGUGAUGAUGGACAGAACUUAUUAAUGACUCAUUUUGCCCAGCAGUGUACAUUGAAUAAUGGUACAGAAGUUGAGCAACAGAAUGUAAGCAUCCCAGAUGACAUAGCAGUGAAUAUGGUUGCUGAUGAACAUCAAGGAGAAGAGGAGCAGACAUUCAUUUUAACACUGGUGGAAAUCCCAACAGACUCAGUAGAACAAUUUGCUGGUUUGUCGGAUUCAUUAACUUCUGGACCUCUACUGCCAGCACCCAUAUUGGUCAAACCAAUGAAUAAAGAACAAAGGGGAGACCUGAGUUAUGGGAACAGUAUGCAGCCAUCCUCUGAAAAGCCUCCAACUGAUUUGGAUCUGACAUUUAAUGAAACAUUUGAUCACAGCCUUGAAGAAAGCACUAGCCUGGUUGCUGCUACAAAUCUUAAUGUUUCUACUUUAGGAGAAGAUUGUCAGAAAAUCACCUCUGAGGUGUCCUCAGAAGAAUCCACCAGUGUGUACAGGAAUGCUGCAGGAGAGUCUUAUGAAAAGCAGACAGUUGUCCCUGUCUUGGGAAGCACAUGUACAAUUGCAGAACCUCAGAAGACAGAGAAAGAGCAGUCAGAACCCGCUGUUCAGGCUUCAGGACCUGAAUCUUGUGAGGAGGUGACAUGUACUCAAAAAGAAGAGAAUGUUCCUCAUUUACCUCCAGAAGAGAGUGUGAUGUCUGACAAGCAGGAAAGGAGUGGGGCUACCCAUCAAUUAGAACAGAGAAGCAAGUCCUUGUUUUCCAGGCCUGGCCGAAGACCCCUGGGAUUUUUAUCUUUGAUAUGUUCAAAGAAUAAUUUGGAAUCUGAAGAAGCCACACCAAUGAAUAGUCAAAAGCGUUUGAAACCUAUUAUACCUGUCUCAAGGCAUAAUUUUAGAAGACCGGCUCAACUAAAUGAAAGCAAGAGAAAAAAGCAAGACCCUUGUCCCUUACCACCCACCAGUGCUGAGUCUCCUUCUGAAGCCAGUACUGUUAGCAGCUCAACACCUCAGGUUUCCUGUGAUCAAUCAUUUGAGGAAGAAAAGUGUAAAAGUGACCAAAAGAUGGAAACUGAAGAGGAACCAACCAAAGUCACUGAAUAUUUCUUUAGUGAUAUUUUCAUGGAAGUGGAUGAAGCAGAGCAAAACUGAAGCUUUUUACAAAGCUGGGGAUUUUAAUUCUUAAUUACGGCAACAAAGGCAGUGUUUAGCUAAAGGAUCACUGUUGAUUUUUCUUGGGUUUGUUUUGUAUUUGAUGAACUUGGUCUGGAAGCUUUUAAAAUCACUGGAGUACAUUAUGGAUAUUUCCCUUAAAUUAGUUGAGUCAAGCAGUUAAGACUGGUUUAUCAAACAAAUAUUGACUCUUGUUUACACUUUGACCCUCCUCCUGUUCUGGCCACAUGUGGACACUUUGUGGUGUCACAGAUAAAUGCCUUUUCAAUCAUAGGCCUAAAAUCUUUGGAGGUUGAUUGUAUAUAACAUUUAGUGAACACUUCUUUUUGUGAAGUAAUUUCUUGGUAGGGGCCUUUUAAUUUGCCUCUGUAAGUGGAUGGAAGCAGAUUGUGAAACUUUAGAAAAUGGCAAAGAAACAGCCACUUUCUAUUAUCAGCUAUUUCUCUGACUAUAAAUAUGUAUUUUUGUAAUAAAAGAAUCCAUAUUGAUGUAAGAUUGAUGGUUCAAAUUGAAAAGUAAAUAUUUAACUUCAGUAUUUGUACAGAGGUGAAACAUCAAAGAGCUUAUUUAUUUAUUUUUUAUUUAUUUAUAAGAAUGCUGUUUUGUUUUAGUCUUUUCACCUGACAGACUUGUGGGUAAGGUAGAAAUGAAUGUAUAUAUCCAAUUAGGAAUCUCUUCCUUAAUUUUGAAGCCAUUGACCAUGAUUAUUAUAAUGGAUUAUGUUUGAUCUCUUGGGAGUUGUGAAGCAGGAAGAUUUUCUUCAUAUCUUACUUGACUGACUUGGCUCUCAGUGGUAUUUUAGAUGGACUUUUUAAAAAAAAAUUCAGGAUAAGCACAUUCUUUCCAACGUGAAAAAAUCUUGCAUUUUAUUUCUAGCUGAUUAGGCAAAAUUCCUUCCACAAGUUAGUGAUUGUAAAUUAUAAGUCUUUUUUGCUGCUUCUUUCUUCCUCCACCAGAUUCUACAUAAACAGUUUGACUUGUGAUUUAAAAAAAUUUCUAAUAGAUAUCAAUUAGACAAUUGAAAUGAAGUCGUAAGCUCUGUUUUCAGUGUAAAUUCUUGGUCAAUUAUUACACUUAAGAGUUGUAAUUUCAAGGUCUAGUGAUUCAUCUUCAUAAUCUAGAAAUUACCUCAAUUCUUCUCCCUCCCCCCUCUCCCCCCCCUGCAAUUCUGAUGAAACCUUCCAAAGGCUAUUUCUGGUUUUGUUAGAAUAGCUUGUUUUUUAGUCUUCCAUUAAUUAUUUUGUGUUUGAACUCAUGAAUCUUUCCUGAAAGUAAAACUCUUCAGAAUGUAAACUGAAACUGCUUUUCACAUAGAAAAAAAAGAAUUUCCAAAUCUGCUACCACCUACAGAAAUGUCCUUACUCUUUACAUCUGGCUAACAGUUAAUAAUGAAACAUGUUACUUUGCAGUAAGGAGAAAAGUUGUAUGUAGAAAAAUAAUUAUAUAAAGUUCUUAUGUAAGAUAUACAUUUACUGUGAAAAUUGUGUAAUUGUGGGAGGGGACCAGAAUGCAGAAUCUGGAACUACUCCAGUCUAGAGGAGGAGUCCUAGAACCUGUAGAAAAGACAUCCAAGCACCAUUAAGAAAUGUAUAUUCUUGAGUUCAGGUUGGGAGAGAGGAGGAGGGCUGGUGGGACUGAUUACAAGAUUCCUAACUUGACUUCCUCUUUCUCCUCUCACGCUAAAGGCAAGGCAAUCAAAAACCAGUAAAACUAAUCAUAGGCCACAUUUAGGUUUUGUAUAAGCCAGAUUUGGGGGGAAAAUGAUUUUGAUUCAAAUUAAAUUCCCAAGAAAAUUUUUCUUCUUUAGUGACUACUGCUUCAUAUGACCCAUAAAAAAUGGAAGAGUAAGCCUAAAGUCCGUAAGAUAGGAUCACAGUUAGAGGAGAGACCUGCAAGUCAGAGUGAAGAUUCCCUCCACUCAGGCAUGCAUGCAUAGUUUUUUCAUGCAAAUAAGCAUCAGAUACAGAAAAAUCAUGAUAGUUAUCACAUUGCUUUUCUACUGUGGUAUUUUUUAAAAAAUCUUAAGCUAAAUUUCUUUCUCUCUGAAUUUGUUUUCAGGAUUAGAUUGUAUGAUGGAACAGUAGUGUAAUUUACCCCUUGUAGACUUAUUUUUAUGAACAUGAACUUUGCCUCUUACAAAUUUCACUUGUGAACAGCAGCUUUUGGGGAAAUGUUAUGUUUUACUAUGUAUGCAGUGGGUUUAUCUGAUUGUUUUAAAGAAUCAAGUCAGUUGGUUAAAUGACCUUAUGAGAAAAAGUGAUCUCAGAGAAAGAGACAUUAAAGAAAAUUUAGUGCUACCAUGAAAAUGAAAAGAUUUAUUCACAAAUAUUUUAGACCUCAGCCAGAUUCAAAGGGUUUCAAUUUUAUAUUUUAAAAAAUGUUAAUUACAGAAAAUAGAUUAAGUGUCUUUAUCAUUCCUUAUGGAAUACAAAGACUUUUUUUUUUCCUAACUGCCACAUAGGUCAGACUGUAUGUCCUAUCUCAAGAUGCAUUUCUAAAAAUAGGAAGUGAUUACUCUAAAGAAAAAAGUUCAGGAAUGAUCAGUGCAGAAACAUAAUUUUUUUCUGUCAACACCUACUAGUUGCAUACUUCUGAUUUGAGAUAGAAGUGAUCAUCUAUACUAUGCUGCCUAACAGUUUAUUGAUAAAAAAUGGAAAAAAUGCUCAUUUGUAAACUUUCUUGUUUCAAAGAAAGUGAUGAUCUUUCAUAAAUGUAAAUUAUGUGAAUAAUAAAGU